AUGUUUUCAUCAAAUAAUUGUUCUUCUACUCCAAUGACUUGUGGGUUUAAGGUGGACACGAAGUCCCCUGCGUGGCACAAGAGCAUGACAAAGAUUUUAAAGAAGGUCAAAGGAGGGAACUUUUCGUUAGACGCAGACGAAGGCAUGGCCUACGUUUCGGGUAGAGGAGAUCCAAACGAACUCCUAAAAGUAGUGGGUUCGAUAAAAGGCAAAGCUGCUGAAAUGACGUUUGUGAAAUCCGGUGGAUAUCAUCAUUAUGAUGAUGAUCAUCAUCAGUAUACCAAUCAUCAUCAGUAUCCCAAUCAUCAGUAUCCCAAUCUUCAGUACAGCUCCAACUUCGUGUACGGCCAGCCAAUAACACAACCUUACAACAGUUUUUGGCUGAGUGAUGCAAAUUGUUACUCUCAGCAGCAUCGGCCAUAUUAUCCUCAGUCGCCGGCAAUGCAACCUCACCUUCAUCAAUAUCCAUAUCCAGGAUAUAGUAAUCAUUACGGUUAUUAUUAG